UAAGAGGUCGGCCAAAGCGGACGCGGUGAAUGAGAGUUUCCCAGAAUAAACACAGUAAACAUCAGUUGGGAGGGGAACACAGGUAUAAGGUCAGGAUGUAUGUCUCGACACACACUUGUAACGAGUAGCUCCUCUUCUUUGCGUGAAUGUGAGUAAUUUCCUAAGAGUCUAGCCGAAAUCAGGUGUUUUGUAUUAUGGGUUAAAGAGUUUAUUAUUCAAUACUGAUGAUUGUACAAUCACAAGAUCUGGGCUAGAUGUUGGUUUGAUAGAAACACUGAUUAGGAUUGUAUAGUAGAUGAUGAUGCAGAAAACUUUGAUAAGCCCAAUGUACUAGGUUGGAUAGAUUUGCCUUGUUUUCUUUCUUUUUAUUUUCCAGCCAAUUCUGGAACAUGAUGCCAGACCAAAUGAGCGUUUGAGGGGAUCACUCAGAGAACAACAAUGGGAGGGAAGUUACCGCACGUCUUUUGGGGAGACAUUAUUUACUUUUUUAGGGCAAUUGUUAGGAGACAUGCAGAUUAUCUGGAUGACAAUAAAAGAAAAAUAUUUUCGCUUUGGAGGAGGAAGUAGUUCAGAUAGUCAUCACCAAAACAAAGCUACUUUAUUUUCAAAGUCAUAAAUAAAAAAAAGAACGCCAUCACUUUAUAGUAACACCUACCGGAUAAGAUCCACAAAAGAGCUUCGUUUCCAAUUAAUGGGCGAUAGACGGACUCAUGGGCGCACCGGUGAGGACCCUCUGAAGUGGACUAUGCACACACGGAUAUGGAGUUUACCAGACUGUUUGCCCUGCUGUUGAUAGUGCUAGAGUGGACCCAACCCUGCCUGCCUUCCCCUCUGAGACCCAUCUGCGACCUGAGGGUCCUCAACCACUUCAUCAAGGAGGCCAGAGACGCAGAGACUGCAAUGCGGUCGUGUUUGGAAGGAUGCAGUCUCUCCGAGUCCGUCACUGUUCCCCAAACCAGAGUUGACUUUGAAAUCUGGGAGAGGAAAACUGCAGAGGUCCAAGCACAGGAGGUGCAGUCGGGCCUGUGGCUGUUGCACCAGGCCCUGAGUCUGCUGCAGAGCUCCGUCACCAACACAGCACUGCAGAGCCACUUAGACAACAGCCUCCGGAACCUGCUCAGCACCAACGCCGUGCUGCGCAGCCUCAACUUCCAGGAGUACGUCCCGACAGACGGUGGCCCGGACGGGGAAGAUACAUGGCGGGUAUCCACGGCCACAGAACUUCUUCAAGUGUACGUCAACUUCCUGCGUGGCAAGGUGCACCUCCUCCUGUCAGGUGCGCAGGCAUGCCAGCAAGACGUCAGCUGAUUGGCCAAGAAACUGGACAGAGUUUUUUUUUCCUUUAAUUGUAUAUUUAUUGUAUUCAACACUUUUUGACCACCCUACCACCGCGCUUAUUGGACAUAACGGAAAGUGGCAAAUUAUGUAUCCGCCACGUACCAAAGAAACGGACGACUAUGGGCGGAGGCUGAGAGCCAAAAUGGCGGCCCUUACUUCUUCUAAGACUGCACCUUGGAAUGUGAAGACGUGGCGUCUGGACAUGUGGGGGGGAGGGGGGGGAAUGGGGCAGCAUACAUAGACUAAGGCAGAUGCAUUGCACUGCUUCAAAAGCUUUCCAAUCAGCACUCUUCAAGCACUUUGUGUGUGUGUAUGUGUGUUGUGUGACGACCGCUCGUUUCAAUUUGUGUUUGUAAAAAGUGUGUUUGUACACGUACGUGUGUGUGUGUGUGUGUGUGUGUGUGUGUGUGUGUGUGUGUGUGUGUGUGUGUGUGUGUGUGGGUAUGUGUGUACGUGCGUGCGUUGGUGUUUUCUGUCAAUUUGACCCUUGAACCCACCUCUUCUGAUUGUACGGUGGACUCACGGCAGUGGACAAUGCGAGGCAGUGGACCACCCAGAGAGUAUAGUUUGCACCUGGAAAACGGCAGAACGAUAAGUUUGCAACAUCCUUUUUCCCAUCGCCACUUCAGAGAAGGCCGGUUGGAGUGUUGCCCUGAUUUUUAUCCUUAGCCUCACCAGAACACAAUGAUGUUAUUCUACAGUAAAUAUUUUAAUAUAUAUUUGUAAUUGUUCUGCAACAGAUUAUUUAUAAAGAUUUUUAUUUCUGCCUUUUUAGAGCUGCAGUCACUGUUGAAUGUACUUUUUUACACUCUCGCCUUUUAGGUGUGUUGGGGGGGUUCCUCGAGCCCCCUGUUGCUGGCUAGAGCUUCAAGCUCACCCGUAGAGGUGUCCGUCACACCCAGAUCAUCUUGAACAUGUAUCUUUAUGGGUAGAGAUGCCUAGCGUUGUCUUUUUAAAGUUUUAUACUCGCUACUCUCCAGAAGUAAAGAAACAUUCAGACAAUUAAUUAAUUAAAAAAGAAAAAGUGUUUGAUUUUGUGUCUUUCUUUUUUUUAAAGAACGGAUUAGUCUUUGGUGCUAUCGUUUUACCUCCAAAUGACGUGUGUGCGUUUGAUGACGCUAGUGCCACAUGCGCAAUCAGCGCUGAACGACGAGGAUCCGUGCGGAAAACAAUGCCAGCAGGAAGAAUUGUGAUUGGGCUUUUUAUGGCUUACAUCCUGCAAGGAGCUCAAACCUAAACCAUUUUCCGGACUCCCAGGCUUUCUCAUUCACACUUGCAAACAGUGCGUUUUUCCCACUCUCGUAUGUCAUCGCUUCACGUCACAGGCAUAGCAAUCAGUCCACACUGGAACUCUGCGUCGCUGACGAGGGACGCGCGUACACUUCAUCAAGAGUCUAGUUAGUUAGUUAGUUGUUGCUUCCCAGCUUGAAUGACGGAUGGUGACCAAGAGAGUUGUUUCCUGAUGAUGUUUUACUUUCUUGUUUUUUCCUUUAGCCCUCUGCAUUCCCACCAUUCUUUAGUUAUUUUAACUCAAAAUAUUAUUGGCGGGAUUAAAAAAAGGAUGUGGAUUUGUUAUGCGUCAACAACAAGUCUAUUGGGGGAGAAACAAGGUCUGGUGAAAUCAACCGAUAAGGGACAUUUUGGCAGUGGGUUGGAGACACUGGAGUGUUUGGUUUGCCUCACGCAGUGGCGGCCAACUAACCAAUUUGAUUUUCCCACGUUCAAGGUUCAGAGUGUGUUUUAACAAUCCUCAUGUCCUUAUCUCAGCUGAUAUGCUACCGCUUAUUCAGGGAGAAAUAAAGUCACAAUAAAACGGAUAAUUACUAUGUUGGAUCACAAUUGGGCAACAAGAGGACAGAAAUGGGGAGCUGGACCCGAAGUCCUCCCUAAGACCUGCAACAUUAACAACGACGCUUCAUCUCUGCUUCCUAAUUCUUCCUUGGGAUAAGGAUAAAUAAAUACACCACCGUCUGCGGUACUUUGACUUAUAAUUGUCCUUAGGCACUUUUUUAAAAUAAAGAUAACAUGAAAUGAUUCAGAAAUACUAUCUAGACAUUAUUAAUGUGGUAAAUUACUAUUCUGGCUGGAAACGGCAGAUUUUUAAUGUAAUAUCUACUUGUACAGAGGCCCAUUUCCAGCAACCAUCACUCCGGUGUCCUAAUGGUACAUUAUUUAGCUGAUUGUGUUAAAAGGCUUUUCAGCUGUGUUAGCACAGCUGAAAACUGUUCAAUAAAGGUGUGUUUUUUCAAGAGAAACAUGAAAUUGUCUGGGUGACCCCAAACUUUUGAACGCUAGUGUUUUAGAGACAACUGAUCUAGCCACAUCUGAUGUCUUGAGACUAUUUUCUUUUUAUAUACUCGUCCUUUUUUUAUUGUGUUCUGUACUUGCUAUUUUCUGUACUUGCUUGCAAGUUUUUAGCAAGGCCACACACAAUGUCUGCUGUGGAUUACCUUACAAUAAUGCUGCUUUACAAUAAUUGUACUGCUUGUUGUCAAAUAUGUUGUAUGUCGCCUUCGACAAAGAUGUCUGCCAAAUGAAAUUAAAGUAAAGUAAAAUAGUGCAUAUGCAAUGCCUUUAGGUCCACUCCAAUUAAUUACAAAGUCAACACGUGACAAGUCCAGCCAGAGAGGAGGCCUACUAAUAGACCAUACCAUCUGCAGGGCUAAUCCAUCACAACUGGGAAGUCAAAUAUUGGUCCCACUUUACCGAUACGCCUGCAGUUCACACGUGAGUGAAUGACUGCACGAACACCUCUUCUAUCCCAAUUCCACUUUAUUUUUCAUGACACGUUGACAAUAUAUU